GACAACCAUUCAUAACGAACUUUAUUACAAGGUGGUGAAUGAUGCUUUAUGUAUUAUUUUGAAUAGGAGUAGUUGGUGAAGUAAAUUUAGUUUAAAAACUGGAAUGAAAUCGUAGUGAAAUAAUAUAAAUGGAAGAAUAAACGUACAUGAAAGAUUUAAAAUGGCAUCAACAUCAAGAAGUCCGACGAAGAGUCCGGUUAAACCUAAGAGUACUCGGAGUGAUAUUAAUUCAAGCACAGCAUCUAUUGCUGCUAAAGCUAAGGCACUAAAGAAAGCUAACAGCCCAACAAAGGUAACUUCGCAAGCUGAGGAGUUUGCAAGAUGUGAAUUAUGUAAACAUACUCUAGACAAUCCAAAAUCUUUGUCAUGUAUGCACUCCUAUUGCAGAAACUGUCUGGUUACGUAUUAUACGGAAACAAAACAGUCUGACAACUCCGGUAUCUUUUGUCCAAUAUGCCUACAAUUAACUAAAACUACAAGCGACACUAAAAGCCCAGAGGAAGCAGUAGAUAAACUUCAAACGAACGAAUUCCUCCGAAGUUAUCUAGAAGCUCUAAGACUCAAAGAUCCUGAUAAAUCAUGUGAUACUUGCAGACGACAAAAUCGUAAAACAGUUGCAGCGGAGUGGUGCAAAAUGUGCCAUGAUGCACUAUGUGACAACUGUGUAGGUUUUCAUAAUGCUCUGAAAUCAACGAAGCAACACAGUCUAGUUCAACUGGCCAAACUGCGUAAAGAAGAUAUAGCUGAUAUCAUAUCUUCUCCGCUUUGCACAGUUCACGAAGGAGAAAAUGUCACUAAAUACUGCGACAACCAUAAGGAAGUCCUAUGUGAAAAAUGCGUGGCUGGAAGUCAUAAAACAUGCAAAGGUGUAUUAACGCUGAAGGAAGCUGUUUCAAGGAACAAACCACAGAUAGAUAUAACAAACAGUACACUUCAUGAAGAAACAAAUCUAGCUACGUCUAUAUAUGAAAACCGAACGAAGGCUGAUAAAUCUGUAGAUGAUGAUCAGAAUGAUGUUUUAACAAAGAUAAAAGAUGUCAGGAAAAAGAUAAACGAGAAUUUAACUAAAUGUGAGACGCAAAUUAUCCAAGAGCUUCACACCAUGCACAACAAAGAAAAGGAAACAAUCCGUGGUGAAACCAAAGAAGCACAGCGUAUAAGAAAAUCAUCGGGAAAUCUUCAUGGUCUAGUAGAAAGUACAGAAAAGUACGGUACGGACAGUCAUGUCUUACAAAACCUUCCAGAUAAUACUACACAAAGUCAAUAUUACAAGGAAAAACUAGGAUCUCUUAAUAGUCGCAUCAAGAAUACAAAAAUAAAUUUUGCUGUAGACAGCAACUUGGAAAAUCUGAUGAAGGGAAUAAGUCGAUUAGGAGAACUAAGGGUAAUGUCCUCCUCAGCCCGGUUACCCACAUCAAAGACUCUAAUGACAGCAAGAUCGGACUCGGAUCCAGAAGAUGAGUUGGACAUAAUGGGAUCAAGGCGUACUUUAAAAUCAGACACAAAGAGUAUCAAAAGUAUGAAGUCAGUACAUUCAUCAACAAUGUACGCAAACUUAAAAGACGUUUUCUCUGCAAGUUCUCCGUCGGAUAAAGAAACAUGCUGGUUCACGGGAAUCGUAUGUACACCAAACGGUCAAACAAUUUUGGUUGACAGAAACAACAAUAAGCUGAAGAUACUUAGCAAAGAUCUGAAAUUAGUAUCAGAGACGGUUCUCGAAAGUCAGCCCUUUGGAAUCACGAUUAUAUCAGACUCUGAACUCGCUGUGACAAUUCCACGGGAGAAUAGAAUAGAUAUUUUCAAAAUUGGUGCUUCGCUUAUCCUCAGCAAAAGCAUUAUGAUAUCUGACCGAGGAUAUGGAAUAUCUUUUGCUGGAGAUAGAUUUGCUGUUGCAUGCUCAUGUGCCUCACCACCAUCUAUAAAGAUAAUUGAUAUAAAUGGGAAGGAAAAGCAAGAAAUUCGCCCAGACGACACUUUCAUUCCGAUGUUGUUCAGACCUUGGUAUGUGAAACUGAACUCUACUGGAGGGUUAAUGUACGUUACUGACUGCCACAGAAGCCACGUGACAUGUAUAUCCGGAAUGACUAUGAAACAAUUUGUCUAUAAGGAUAAUAGUAUGAAUUCACCACGUGGCAUUUAUGUCACAAAAGAUGGGCGUGUCAUUGUUUGUGGUUUUGGAUCUGACAAUGUCCAAAUCCUUGACAAGGAUGGAAACUUGAUAUCUGAAGUGUUAAACAGGAUUGACGACGUCAUGGGACCUCAAGAUAUUGCUCUUACUGUCCCGGAAGACAAAAUGAUGAUAACUUUUGAUCCUUCUAGUGGAAAAAGUGACAAAAUACAUGUCUAUGACAUUAAGCUGUGAACAUGUUUAGCUUUCUGUACAUUUCUAUUUCAUUUUUGUAAUUCAAAACAUAAAAAAAGAUUCGUACAGAAACAUUUUAUGUGUAUAUUCAACUUAAUUGAGAGAUGUGUGAAUCAAAAAUAUCACAAAGCACAAAAUGUACGACUGCGUGUAAAUUUCCUUUCACUUUGCCAUUUUAUAUUGAAAUCGUUUCUUUACACGAAUGUUUUAUGCUGAAGUUUCUUACACCAAAAGAUAUGUUCAUCAUUUUUUUAGAACCGUCAUGUUUUUUACUUUAGAUAAUUUACUUAUGAUAAAGCAAAUGAUUAUCUUGUAUAUUAAACAUGAAAGUUCUUAUAAGGAUAAGCACGGACUCUAAUGUGCAUGCAUGAGAGUCACCAUAUAUGUAUUUUCACAAAAUAUCGACGUCACUGGCAGAUAUUUCCAUAUCAAUUAGUUUAUGAAGGUCAUUACUUUAUUCAUGAUUAAAUGACAUCUGUAAGUAGUGUAGAUCUACUACAAAUAGAGUACAUGGAAUGUGUUAGGUCUUGAGUGGUUUAUGGUGUUCUGUGCUUCUUGUCAUCUCAUUUGGCGCCGAUCUUUCACUGUUUUAAUGCGCUUGUCACCGCACUCCUUUUUUACUUUGCGGAUCGACGCUUGUCAGGCUCUGGCGUGGGAUGGUCUUGUUCGGCGCUUGCUUUCAUAAUUUUUGAUGCGUAUGUACGCACCAGAUUAAUUUUGUUUUUGACCGAAUAUGAAUAAAUAUGUUAAUAUUUAGCCGAUCCUCAUUUACAGAUUUUAUAAAAGUCUUCCAUAAUUUAAAUGAAUUAAUGGUUUAAUUGUAUGUAAAAUGUUUUAAGUGUUUGAAAUUUAGAUUAAUGUAAUUGUUAUCAAAGAUUAGUCUUUGAUCAAAUAUGAGUUAAGUUGAGUUGAGUGGAUUGGACAACACCAUUUCACUUCACCUGACAAAAUCACAAAAC